AUGCCUUCCACGAGUCCCCGGUUUGAACAGCGUCGCGUGCCGCCUGAAGCGGCCAGAGCCUUGACCACGGGCUCUUUCCAAAUCACGACCUGUUACUGGUGCGGCGUGCCGGGGCCGGGCGGCGGCUGCGGUGUGGCGUGCGAAGGGCCUUGCGGCGACACGACCAUCGGCCGGACGACGUGCGGCGCGCGGCUCAUCCGCAGCGAGCACACGCGCUACCCGGCGACGCUUCGAUUGCUUUUUGACACAUCCAAUAUUUUCAGUGGCACUCUCGACAAACUUAACUCGGAGGGAUGGAGUCCGUUAAUGUAUGCUUGCUCAAGUCAUCAUGUACGAGUCAUUGGCCUCUUGUUGAGGAGUGGAGCUGGUGCUAAUUUCCCUGGCACCAAAGGACUGACACCAUUAAUGAUUGCUUCUCGCUUGGGUGCCAUCGAUGUUGCGAAACAUUUACUUCAACACAUGACCUGCAUUGAAUUUGGUAUAAAUGUCGCAGACGCCGAAGGUUGGACAGCGUUGUUCCAUGCAGUUUACAUGGGUCAAGAGGAAACUGUCAGAUUUCUUUUGAGCAACGGGGCGAAAGUCAAUGUAAUGUGA